AUGGGAGACCUUAUGAAAAGACAGUUCAGCAUCUUAGAUUUAUCUGCAAAGAAAUUUCUGGAAUGGAAAGUGGACGCAAUGAUGAAUUUGAAAGCUCAAGGCUUGGAGCACGCUGUUAAAGAAAAUAAAAGUCCCUCUGGUCAAACAACUGAUACUACCACUUCUGCAAUGACUGUUGCAAAACCCGUUACUGAACAAGAUAAGGCAAAAGCCUUAGUGUUGUUAAGGCAUCAUUUAAAUGAAGGCCUUAAAACUGAGUACAUGAUGGUUGAAGAUCCCAAAGAAUUAUGGGAUUGCCUUAAUGAAAGAUUUGGACACCACAAAAGGAUAGUGUCUAUAUUGAGAUACUGUGAUCAUCCAGUUUCGGAUGAACAGAUGAUUGAAAAAGCACUCACUACCUUUCAUGCAAGUAACAUACUGUUGCAAGAACAGUAUCGUGAAAGAGGUUUUAAAAAGUUCAAUGAAUUAAUGAGUGUAUUGCUUGUUGCGGAACAAAAUAGUGAACUUUUGUUGAAAAAUCAUAACUUGAGACCAACUGGGUCUUUGGCCACUCAUCAUGAGGCAAAUGCAACAAAUUCCUAUCCACCCGAGUCAAAUGCUACAAGAAGAGGUGGACGUGGAAAUUACAAUGGCCGUGGAAAAGGUCGUGGAAAUUAUCGCGGACGAGGCCGAGGACGUAGUAGAAACAAUUUUCAAAGAAACAGUAAUUUCAAAAAUUUUGAAAAACAGAAGGGACAGUCAUCUGGAAGCCACAAACAAACUCUUUCAAAAGGAAAAGACACAUGUUACAGAUGUGGCAUGACAGGACAUUGGGGACAUACUUGUCGUACGGCCAAACAUUUGGUAGACCUUUACCAGGCUUCUGUAAAAGGCAAAGAGAAAAAUGCAGAAGCAAAUUAUGUUAAUGAAGAAAAUGCUCCAUGUCCUACCCUUGAUGUGUCCGAUUUCUUCAUGGACAAUGCUGAAACUGGGAAUGAUUUCAUUCUUGGAGAAAACAACAAUGCUUAG